AUGUCCAGACAGGGCGGAAAGCUCAAGCCUCUCAAGGCCCCUAAGAAGGAUAAGAAGGAGGACGACGAAGAUGAAAAGGCCUUCAAGGAAAGGAAGAAGGCCGAGGAGGCUGCUUUGAAAGCAGCAAAGGACAAAGCUUUGAAGGGUGAGUGUUCACUCCUGUCACUGCCUUCCAGGCUCACGUUGUGUAGGUGGUGCACCUGGGGGUGGAAUCAAGAAAUCAGGCAAGAAAUAAGCCAUGUAGAUAUGGUACCAUGUUAUACCAGUGGCAUAUGUGCACGGCGAUAUCACCCAGAUGCAAGAUUGCCCUGUGGCUUGGGCACCUGAUCAGCCUUGCCCUUGAAAGGAGCGUACUGCCCUGCGCCUUCUGAACGGAAUCGCCAACUCUACCGCGCGAUAAUCGUGCGUGCUUUAGGUUUCAGGUAAUCUAUAAGGGUAUGUUUCUCUCUUUUGAACUCGAGCUUGAAUAUGUGCGGGCGAUCGGACACAUGGGAGUCUCAAGACGCCUUUUUACCCUAAAAUCUUGGAUGAACCAGUGCUUUGCGGUAAAGAAUGAACAAGCUCCGGAGACGGAAGAUGGGCCGAAGUGUUGAAUGGAGAAAACGGGGCCUGAAGCGGGAUUACCAAGGUAGAGAAGACAAUGAGAGAGUGUCCGCACUCGGCCGCCUUUGGGAGCGCACUGCAGCCAGCAGGCAGGGGCGAGGUUGAGGUGAAGAAGGG